AUGAUACGACCGGUGGCGAUGCUAUUUCGAGUUGCCAUCGUGCAUCGCGUCUUCAACCCGAAACUGUCAGUCUGCGCCGGGAUCACCAACGCACGUGGGGCCCACUCCCACCCCAUCGAGUCAUGGAUCCUACGCUCUGCAAAUGCAGGAACUGCGCCGAAAUGGGACCACGCCUUUUCUACCUCGCAUCCGGCCAAGGGGUCCGAGACGGCAUCGGGCGCCCCCAUGGCCCACUUCCAUUGUCAUGUCUUACACCACCAGGCCGCCGCCCUGCCAGACCAUCAUCCCUUCCGUCUCUCCAAGUCCGAUCUGAUCUCGUUAUUCUUCUCCGUCCUACCCUACCUACUACCUACUGCACUCUUUCUUAACUCGCGGGACCUUGGGUCCUCCGGUGCACUAUGCGUCCUGGGCGAUGCUAUCGGAUGUCUCAUCUACUCCUUCCUAUGCCUGAUUGCCAACAGCCUUCUGGUCUGGCUAAUCUGGACGCACAAUGAGAGGAAGACAUACAUCGCCUUCAUCGCAUACUUCACACUAAUCGCCACCUAUUCCAGUAUCAUUCAACAACUCUACGAUUACAUCUUCUGGAGGGACCUCAUGGUUGAACAGUACUUCUAUGGCAAGGACCACGCCGACGAUGCCGAGGUUCAGUACCAGAAGGGCAUAUUCGGCCUCAAGCUGGUCCUCUCAUACAUCCGCAUUUUCGCAUUCAUUGUGGAAUCAACACUCGUUUUCUUCUUUUCCUUUUCUUUGACGGCAACCGUCUAUGGCUGGUGGGCAAAGAAGCCGAAGACCCUACGUAUACUAUCGAUUACGGGUCGAAUUGUCCCAAUCACCCUAGCAGUGAUAUCGAUCGUACUGCUCCAGCUUGAGUUCACGCAUAGAAGCUUCAUGGUAUAUAUGGCCGUGGCAAAUGCGCAAUCGUUCGUGAUGCUUUGCGUCUUUGAGUACACCAACAUCGGGCCCAGACUUUCAGCGAAAGGGCACGUCGUAGAGAGCGCAUACAAGCCCGAGCCCGACCUCUCCCACAAGCGGGCGCUUUCCAGCGUAAGGGGCUAUCUAUCAGGGGUGUCACCCAGCCUACUCGCCUUCGUAGUUUUCGGCACCACCAAGACCUUCCAGAAGAAGAUGUACAGAACCUUCGUGCCCAAAUUCCUCCGCAAGGGCGGCCGCGACGACGACGAUAUGUUCACGUGCAGGAAUGCGGCGCAAGUGCCCUCAUCAGACUAUAGCAGCACCCUCCGGGCAUCUUCGACAAUCCUCCCACCACCAAGCACAGCCAACACCUACGUCAAUUCGCCACGAACUCUCUCACAUCAGGACUCAAACCUAUCUAUCCGCAAGCUCGAGCCAACAGCGCUUCUGUCAACCAUCCCAGACGAGCCCGACGAUUUCGCAGAGGAGGACCCACGGUUCCCCCGCCGCAGCCAGAUCGGCAUGGCGCUCAGCAAGCUCCCGACACCGCCGGAGAUCAGAGACGGCUACGCCACCUCCACGCCGGACAACGGCCCAUACUCCCCCAGGACACCAAUCUACUCGAGCAUCCGCAGCCCGUCCAGGACCGAGAACCUGCCCAGCCCGCGGAUCCACACGCGCCACGAGAGCGCCGCCACCACCACCACGCCGACGACCACCAUCUCGCACCACCACCACAGCUUCUCCCGGCCGGCGAGCCGGUCGGUAGACCACGGGCCCUCCUCGCGGCCGCUGACCCACUCGCACUCGGCGGACCUCAGCCGCGGGCGCAGCCGGAGCCGGUCGAGGACGCGGGCGGGCGGGGGCGCCUUCUCGAGGGACGCGUCGCACGACAGCAGCAGCAGCAGGGUGCCGAUCUCGCGGUUCAACAACCUCGCGGGGGCGGCCAGGGGAGGAGGGCCCGGGGACGGCGGGGACGACGGGGCCGGCAGCGCGGCCAUGUCGAUGACGACCAUCUGGAGCGAUGCGCCCCGGCGGGGCAGCAAGCAUAGCAGGACAUGA